AUGAUGUCUGACAUGGAGAUGGCCGGCGAACGUGAUAACCAUGAGGAACUUGGCCGAAAGCCCAUUCUCGAGCACGACCCUGGCCAUGACGAGAACGGUGGAUUACACACAAUGGUUGAAGGCGCUGUUCGACUGGUCACAAUGCUUAAUUUCAUGAAGGUUGAGCUUGGCGAGUACAAGUCCUUGAAGUCCAAAGAACAAUGGCGUUCCAUCGGCGUUGAGUUUCUCGCCACCCUUCUUUUUGUUUAUCUGGGUUGUGGCUCUGUCGUAGCAUCAGGGGUCCUCGAGACGGAGCUGACACCUGCAAGGCUCACUGUAAUCGCGCUGGGUCAUGGAUUGGCUAUAACCUUUCUCGUGGCAAGCACCGGUGCAAUCUCCGGAGGCCAUAUCAACCCAGUAGUUACCCUUGCCUUCGUAGUUGCUGGAAAGGAGAACAUCAUAAGGGGCUCUCUAUACAUCGUUGCUCAGUUGGUUGGGGGAAUCUGCGGAGCUGCCUUGUUGGGGGCGUCCAUCCCUGCAGCAGAUUUAGGUCACUUGGGCACUCACAGUCUUGGCCACGGAACUUCCGUUGGCAAUGCCUUUCUGAUGGAACUGAUGCUAACCUUUACUCUGGUAUAUGUUAUAUUUGGUGUCGCUGUGGACCGAAGAGGACCAGGCAAUUACCGUAUCCUGAUUCUUGUAUCACAUGCGGUGCCGUUUGCAACGUCACACCUGAUGUCUGCUUGCUUGUCCAACAGGUGUUAUUGCACCUAUACCGAUAGGUCUUGUGGUGGUAGUCGAUCACUUGGUGGGAGUACCAUUUACAGGUGCAUCCAUGAAUCCUGCCAGAAGCUUUGGGCCAGCUGUUGUAUCAGGAAUCUGGCCACAAGAACACUGGGUGUACUGGGUUGCACCCAGCCUGGGGUCAGCACUAGCAGCUGUCAUUUACAG